GCGCGCAGGGGCUAGUCAGAACUCCGGAGGACCGUUAAAAACGGAGGGGGGCGGAAAUCAGCGCGGCUCCUGAGGGGAGCACGUGACGGCACCUGGGCUCGAGGACACCUGGAAUUCGGCGCGAAAGAAAGCGGUCCUGGCUGCAACGAUGAAAACGGAGACCUGAGAGGAAUGGGAUAAAAAAAGUGAUUGUUUCAUACUGUUAUUACUAUCCAUAUUGCUGUUGAGAAGUGAGUGUUCUACUAAUGGACAGAAGUCGGUCACAGGUAACAGGAUUCCUACUGAGAAGGAAUCUUCCUUGCUGUGCAUACGAUCAGAGAGACAUCUUUGCCUGACUGAGGGGGACCUCAGGCUGCACCCAUGUAUCAGGAGGUGGCCUUUCUCGCUGGCAGCACAGAGCGCCAGUUCACCACCUUCCACCUGAACCCUCUGGAGAACAUCCAUGAGAUCACCACAAACAAAGGAGUCUUCUAUAAGAGAGCCAGGCUCCUAAAGCAGAAAGAGGACCUGUUUCAUCUGCCCCACAUGGGAGAUGGCUACAGCAGUGCUGCCAUCAUCAAUGUGGGGGGCAUCAAAUACCGCAUCCCGUGGACCACACUGGAAGAGUUCCCACUUACCCGUCUGGGCAAACUAAAGAGUUGCCACAAUCACGAGGAGAUCAUGGACAUCUGCGAUGAUUAUGAUAUCAGCUGCAACGAGUUCUUCUUCGACCGCAACCCCAGUGCCUUCCGCACCAUUGUGACUUUCCUGGCUGCAGGCAAGCUGCGUCUGCUGCGUGAGAUGUGCGCGCUGUCUUUCCAGGAGGAGCUGCUCUAUUGGGGUGUGGAGGAGGCUAACCUGGACUGGUGCUGUUUGCGCAAACUGCGCCUACGGCAAGAGGAGCAGCGUGAGGCUCAGCGGCAGGAUGGUGGCCUGGUCUCUCCACCCAGUGAAGAGCCUCCUCCCGGUCCCUUCCCUGAUGAGGGUCGCAUGGCAGGCUGCAUGCGCAGGCUGAGGGACAUGGUGGAGAACCCGCAUUCUGGCCUCCCUGGAAAAAUCUUUGCUUGCCUGUCUGUCAUCUUCGUGGCCAUCACAGCUGUUACACUCUGCAUCAGCACCAUGCCAGACUUGCGGGCUGAGGAAGAGAGAGGCGAGUGUUCCCAGAGGUGCUACAACAUCUUUGUGCUGGAGACGGUUUGUGUCGCCUGGUUCUCCCUGGAGUUCCUGCUGCGCUUCAUCCAGACACAGAGCAAGUGCCUCUUCCUGCGCACACCCCUCAACAUCAUCGACGUGGUGGCCAUCUUGCCCUACUACAUCACGCUCAUUGUGGACUCCCUGUCAGCCGGCGAGAGGCCCGCUGGCUCAGGCAACAACUACUUAGAGAAGGUGGGCCUGGUGCUCCGGGUUCUGCGAGCGCUGCGAAUCUUUUACGUGAUGAGGUUAGCACGCCACUCUCUGGGCCUUCAGACACUGGGGCUGACAGUGCGCCGCUGCACCCGCGAGUUUGGCCUUCUGCUGCUCUUCCUGUGCGUGGCCAUGGCUCUCUUCUCCCCACUCGUCUUCCUGGCCGAGAGCGAGAUGGGCGCCAAGCAGGAGUUCACCAGCAUCCCCGGGAGUUACUGGUGGGCCGUCAUCUCCAUGACGACAGUGGGCUAUGGCGACAUGGUGCCUCGUAGCAUCCCUGGCCAGGUGGUAGCACUCAGCAGUAUCCUGAGCGGGAUCCUCCUCAUGGCCUUCCCUGUUACCUCCAUCUUCCACACAUUCUCACGCUCUUACCUGGAGCUAAAAGAGGAGCAGAGCCGGGCGUCCCGGCAGAAGCCCGACUCGCAGGACAGCACCAAGUCGCAGAACAGCGAAGACUCACAGGAGACGGACAGCUCCUUCCCCGCCAUCAUUGAGGCCGUUUCACACAGAAAGUCCAUUGCCAUGGCAACACAGAGGGCAAUGGAGAGCAGGAAGUCAUUAAAGACCGAAUCAAGGACCUACUCAGAAGACCUCCACUGACCUCCAACUUGAGGUAUGAAGUUACAGUAGUGUUGGAUGUGUGCAAAUAUGAACCGAUUCCUUGAACCACAUAGGAAAACUUUUUCUCAAGGUACUUUUUCAAACCAGCUGCUCCAUUAUUCAUACAGACAUACAAAGCAGAGUGAA